CGUCACCAGUCACUAGUUCUUUACUAAUGACUUGUCAGACGAACGAUUGAACACCUUUUAUCAUUCGAACUGCUCUGAAAUGGUGCAAUCCGUUAUGCAGCACCGGAACUCGCUCUAUCAGAUGGUAUCCGUGACCUGGGGCCUUUGGAAAAAACCAACACCUACUGUUUUGGUUGUGUAAUGCCUCAGAUGGGUUUUUCAAGACCAUUGGCCUUUGUAAGCGUCCAUGUGGAGAUUCGCAUUCUUGUGCUUCGAUACGAGAAUGGGUCUGGUCUGUGCGCGCACUCUCAAAUAGUCCUCAGCUUCGAAGAUUCGCGCUUUGAGUUCUCUCUCUUCUUCUUCGUCCUCCCCAUUUCGCUUUUUGGUUUGGUAUUGCUUUCUCCUUCAGACCCAACGUCUGCUCCCGAUACUAAAUCAGUCAGCGCUCCGAAGGGCUGUUUUUUCCUCCUCCCGAUCCGUGCACUUUUGUCUCUCAACGCACGCGCCUUCGGGCACUCCGAGCCUCAGACACAGAGCUCCAAGUCUUUUAUAGACACCGAGCAAAAACCUGUCUCGGCCAAUCAACACCAGCCCUUCCCACACAAAAACCAAAUCCUCCAACUCACGAUUCGAGCACGCGAAGAUUUGUUUCUCCUCUCUCAGAAUUCUCAUGCACUAUUUCGCAGAUAUUUACCCUCAACGAACAUAUCUACUCUACCUCGUUCAAAGAUUGACAUUGUCUACUAACUCGCGACAAUUCAAUCCCUCUUUCGCUCCACCUUAACGCUAGUAUACAAAGGCUAAUGAUUAUUCAGA